CCCGCUUCCUGUGCGUGUCACUCACUCCGCGGGGGAGGGGAAGCCGCGAGCAGGCGGCGGAGGUUCCUCCGCGAGCAGUGCCGUUGGGCCGGCGGGACGCUCGUAGACCCCCCUGCCGCCGCCCGGCUGCGGCCUGAGACGCCGGCGGAGGCCCGGGAGAGCGCAGUGGUGUUGCCCAGCAGCGAGAGGCCCAGGCGACGUCGGGCCUGGGCCCUCACCUCCCGCGGGAGGCGGCCAUGUCUACCGGCGAGGUGGAGCGGCUGUCGGCGGAUCUCGGUGGGGGCGCCGGGGACGAGGAGGAGGAGUGGCUCUAUGGCGAUGAAAAUGAAGCAGAGAGACCAGAGGAAGAAAAACCUAGUGCUCCACCCCCACCUGGAAAUGAAGAGGAAGCUGCAGAAAAUGGCGUUGUGAAAACGAAGGUGGCAGAGGCUGACGAUGACAGUGAUAGUGAUAGUGAUGAUGAUGAAGAUGAUGUUCAAGUCACCAUAGGGGAUAUUAAAACAGGAGCUCCACAGUAUGGUUAUGGAGCAGCACCUGUGAAUCUCAAUAUUAAGACAGGAGGAGGACGAACUUAUGGAUCUUCUGGUGCAAAAGUUAAAGGGGUAGAUCUGGAUGCACCAGGGAGUAUAAAUGGUGUGCCACUUCUGGAAGUAGAUUUAGAUUCUUUUGAGGAUAAACCUUGGAGAAAGCCAGGGGCUGAUCUCUCUGAUUAUUUCAACUAUGGAUUCAAUGAAGAUACCUGGAAAGCUUACUGUGAAAAACAAAAAAGAAUACGAAUGGGUCUUGAAAUUUUACCAGUUACCUCAUCCACAAAUAAAAUUACGGCUGAAGACAAUGCUAUGGAAGUAAGACCAAGUGCAGAGAUUCUCGAUGGCAGAUACCAUCUUUUUAAGGUACAGCAGGGCAGAACUGGAAAUUUGGAGAAAGAGUUGGCAGUGCAGUCGACCAAACCCGAUUUCACAUCUCCUCCUGCUUUAUUCAAAUCAGGAAUUCCAACAAACAGGCGAUUACCUGGAACAAUAGAUGUGAUUGGACAGACCAUCACUAUCAGCAGGGUGGAAGGACGACGGCGUGCUAAUGAAAACAGCAACAUACAGGUUCUUUCAGAACGAUCUAAUCCUGAAGUAGACAAUUUUACCAAGCCACCUCCAUUUUUCCCUCCAGGAGCUCCACCUACCCACCUUCCACCACCCCCUUUCCUCCCACCCCCUCCAACUGUUAGUACUGCUCCACCUCUGAUUCCCCCACCAGGUAUACCAAUAACGGUGCCACCACCAGGCUUUCCACCACCACCUGGAGGUCCUCCACCUUCCCUCAUACCCACAAUAGAAAGUGGACAUUCUUCUGGCUAUGAUGGUCGUUCUGUUCGUGCAUUUUCCUACGGCAGUGAUAAUGGAGUGGAACUCAAAACAAACGAUUUAUUGAAGGCUAUGUUAUCAUUGGCUAGCAAAGCAGAUAAGCAGAAAGUGAGAAGUCCUCUGUACUUCACCUUUCCGCACCUUGCAGGUUCCGCUCCUUCGUGGUCUAGUCUUCUGGACACCAGCAAGCAGUGGGAUUACUAUUCACGAAGAGAGAAGGAUAGGGAACGUGAGAGAGAGCGAUCUCGAGAUCGGGACCGGGACCGAGACAGAGACAGAGACCGAGAACGUACCAGAGACAGGGAAAGGGACCGAGAUCACAGUCCAACUCCAAGUGUGUUCAACAGUGAUGAAGAGCGAUAUAGAUACAGAGACUAUGGGGAAAGAGGCUAUGACCGCCAUAGAACAAGUAGAGAGAAAGAAGACAGACACAGAGACAGGAGACACAGAGAAAAAGAAGAUACUAGGCACAAGUCAUCUCGAAGUAACAGCAGACGUCGUCAUGACAGUGAAGAAGGGGAUAGCCAUAGAAGGCACAAACACAAAAAAUCCAAAAGAAGCAAAGAAGGAAAAGAAGCCAGUGGUGAACCUGCUCCUGAACAGGAAAACACUGAAGCUGCCCCUGCGGAAUAGGCUUGUGUGAUUUUUGUCUACUUGCAUAUAUAUUAGUGCCAGAAAUAGAUUACUAUAAAUCUUGUUAUUUUUCUGGGUAUUAAAAUAAUUUGCUCUUAAUCUUGUUCUGUUAGUUUGAAAUCAAAGUUUACUUUGUUGUUUGGUUUUCUUUUUUGUUUUCUUUCUUUUUUUUUU